AAGUGCCCUUAGCUAGCUCCCUUAACCCAACUUAGAACCAAUUCAAAGUCCAAAACCAUUGACUUGAGCCGAUCUUAAUCCGAUUCACAAGCCAAAAUGGCCUUCGGCCGGGCUAAAGUGAUGCUCUCGAACUCUCUUUGCCUUAUCCAACGUACCAACAAGAAGCUCUAAAAUUGUUGAUAUAAGAUACUUCAUGCUCUUUUGCUUUAUUGGAAUGAAUCCUAUUCCUUCCCUAUCUUCAAAGCUUUUUACUUUUUUUAUAUAUCCUUUGCUUGGUUCUUCUCCUCCUCCUUUGAACGAGGGGUUUCAACUUUCAAGGCCUAAAAGUAGCAGAGAAGAGAGGAUUAAGGGUUUGAAGAGCAUGAACGACUGGGCUGCUCCUUUGAUAGCUGCUGCGCUGUUUGCAUUUCUAUCACCAGGAUUGGUGUUUCAAAUUCCUGGGAAAGAAGGACCUCUUGAUUUCAUGAAAAUGAAGACCAGUAUAGCUUCCAUAUUCGUACACAUGGUGAUCUAUGGUUUGCUUCUUAUUUUAUUUCUUGUUAUCCUUCACAUCCAUCUCUAUGUCUAGGAUUUGCCAAAUAACACUUCUGCUGAAGAUAUAUUUUCUGCUGAAGAUAUAUUUUCUGCUCUAGCUACUAGUUCUUGGGUUCAUUUUUGUUCUUCUCUUUUUGUUUAAUAAAGUUGCAGAAUUCCUACAA